AUGCCGCCCUCACAACAAUAUCGAGUUUCCGACCCACCCGAUUCCCCUGCGAAUGACUCCGAUUCCGAUCUUGACCUAGACAUCCAGGAGCUCGAUCCAAUAUCAACCACCCCAGCUCCAAGGGCCAACAACGAGCGCCCUUCGACUGAGCCUCAGACCUCGCGGAUAGCACUGCGAAAUUUGCGCAUGGGUGGAGUGCGGCGCGCUGGAAAGAGGAAUCGGGGGUACGGGGACCUCGGUCAGGACAGAGAUGGAAAUGACGAGCAUUCGCAGGCAUUACUAGGGGAGUCCAACAGUAGCACGCCUAGAUGGUCAGAAGGAAGCUAUAACGAGGAUGACCAACCAUUGCUGGGAGGACAACCUUCUCAGAGCCGGAGGUCGCUCAACUCGGACCGAGUCUCUUCAAGACUGCGACUCCCUAGCUUCAUGUCGAGUACCAAGAAACCAGAACCGAGCGACGCGGAAGACCAAGAAGAUGACGACCCAUCCGCAGCCCGACAUGUGGCCGUGGGCUCAGCCCAGCCCGUACGCUUCCCGAACAACAUUAUCUCAAACGCCAAAUAUACAGCCUUGACGUUUCUCCCCAUUACGCUCUACAACGAAUUCUCCUUCUUCUUCAACAUGUACUUUCUUCUCGUGGCAUUGUCACAGGCGAUACCGGCCUUGAGAAUUGGCUACUUGCUAACAUAUAUCGCCCCAUUGGCAUUCGUGCUUUGUAUCACUAUGGGAAAAGAGGCCUUUGACGAUAUCGCCCGGCGGCGAAGAGAUACAGAGGCAAACUCAGAAGAAUACAAGAUUCUUGUCUUUCAGGAUGCCGAUUCAAGCCAGGCGCCCGUACGGCAAAGAAAAUUACUCAAGUCGGAGGUGCUGCAGAAGCACUCGAGGAAGAAGUCAAAGGGAGCGCGAGAGAAUCUCUCCGACAUUCUGGAGGAAGAGAACGUUGAGGCGCCCCCGCCAGCUUCAAGAGCUAUUGAGGUCAGCCGCAAGUCUAAGGACUUGAAGGUUGGUGACGUCCUUGUACUUUCAAAGGGUCAACGUGUACCUGCCGAUGUCGUUAUCUUAAAAUGCUAUUCUUCCGAAGCGCCCGCCCCUGCACCGAUCCCUGAGGAGCCCGCUGAAGAGGAGGCUCUGCUAGCGUUUGACGGCGACGACACUCAAGGAAAGGGGAAGCAGCCCGCGGAAGCAACCCCUGAACAAGAGGCCGAGAGCGGACCUGGGGGCGAAACCUUCAUCAGGACUGACCAGUUGGAUGGUGAAACGGACUGGAAGCUCAGACUUGCUUCUCCGCUUACGCAGAACUUACCGACUGAGGAGUUUGUCCGUCUUCGUGUUACUGGAGGAAAGCCGGACAGGAAGGUCAACGAGUUUCUGGGUACAAUCGAGCUGGUCGAGUCUCGACAAGAUGCAUUGGCGCAUCAUGCCACAGUACAAGAUUCCGAUGCUUCUCAUACAGCUGCUCUAUCGAUCGACAAUACAGCAUGGGCCAAUACCGUCAUUGCCUCUCAAGCCAUAACCCUGGCUGUCAUCAUGUACACUGGCCCCCAGACACGAUCCGCCUUAUCGACAGACCCUUCACGCUCCAAGACUGGCUUGCUCGAAUACGAGAUCAAUUCAUUGACCAAGAUCCUGUGCGCCCUGACAUUGGCCCUCUCGAUCAUUCUCGUUGCCCUCGAAGGUUUCGAGAACACUAAAGACAAUAUUUGGUAUGUCAAAAUCAUGCGAUUCUUGGUCCUGUUCUCUACUAUUGUCCCCAUCAGUCUUCGUGUCAACCUAGACAUGGGCAAGAGCGCGUAUUCCUGGUUCAUCCAACGAGACCCUGGAAUGCCUGGAGCAGUUGUUCGAACAAGUACUAUUCCUGAAGAUUUGGGCCGGAUUGAAUAUCUACUCAGCGACAAGACUGGUACCCUGACCCAAAACGAAAUGGAAAUGAAGAAGAUUCACGUCGGAACCGUUUCAUAUGCAAAUGAAGCAAUGGACGAAGUGUCAUCAUAUGUCAAACAAGGCUUCUACAUUCCUCCGUCAACAGACCAAGCAUCUCAGAACAUGCUCAUCACUCCAUCAUCCACAUACUCGAGCACUACGAAUAUGGGCACAACACGCACAAGACGAGAAAUUGGCACCCGUGUUCGUGAUGUAGUGCUUGCUCUCGCUCUUUGCCACAACGUCACACCCACUAGUGACAUUGAGGAUGGAAAAGAGGUCACAGGUUACCAGGCGUCUUCGCCUGACGAAAUUGCCAUUGUUAAGUGGACAGAAUCGGUUGGCUUGAAACUUGUAUACCGUGAUCGCAAGAGCAUGGUACUGGAAUACGCCAACAGCAAGAGGCCGGUAGUCCGCGUGCGGAUUCUUGACGUGUUUCCCUUCACUUCCGAGGGCAAGCGAAUGGGUAUCAUCGUUCACUUUCAUGAUGAUGUCAAGAACAAGAACCCAAGCCUGUCCAGUGGUGAAAUAUGGUUCUUUCAGAAGGGUGCUGAUACAGUCAUGAGCUCCAUCGUUGCAGCGAAUGACUGGCUUGACGAAGAAACUGCCAAUAUGGCCCGUGAAGGCCUGCGUACGCUUGUCGUCGGCCGGAAGAAGCUCUCGUACGAUCAGUUCAAGGAGUUUUCCGCCCGAUAUCAAGAAGCCGCGCUAUCUAUCAGUGGACGUGAUGCUGGCAUGCAACGGGUGGUCUCCCACUACUUGGAACAUGAUCUUGAACUUAUUGGUGUGACUGGUGUAGAGGACAAACUCCAAAAAGAUGUCAAGCCCUCUCUAGAGCUGCUUCGCAACGCUGGCAUCAAGAUUUGGAUGUUGACUGGUGACAAGGUGGAGACUGCGAGAUGUGUCGCCGUCAGCUCCAAGCUUGUGGCUCGUGGUCAAUACAUCUACACCGUUUCGAAGCUCAAGAAGAAGGAUAACGCCCAGCAACAUCUUGAUUUUCUCCGAAGCAAAACGGAUGCUUGUCUUCUUGUAGACGGCGAGAGCUUGGCGCUCCUUCUGACACAUUUCCGCAUUGAGUUUAUUUCCAUCGCUGUCCAGUUACCUACCGUGGUUGCUUGUCGAUGCUCACCAAACCAAAAAGCGGAGGUGGCCAAGCUCAUUAGAGAAUACACCAAGAAGCGUGUCUGCUGUAUUGGCGAUGGUGGCAACGAUGUCUCUAUGAUCCAGGCUGCCGAUGUCGGUGUCGGUAUUGUUGGUAAAGAAGGUCGACAGGCUAGUUUGGCGGCCGAUUUCUCCAUUGAGCAGUUCUGUCAUCUUGUUAAGCUCUUGGUCUGGCAUGGUCGUAACAGUUACAAGCGGAGCGCUAAGCUCGCACAGUUUGUCAUCCAUCGUGGUUUGAUCAUUGCUGUGUGCCAGACCAUGUAUAGUAUCGCCAUCAAGUUUGAGCCCGAGGGCUUGUACAAGGAUUGGUUACUUGUUGGCUAUGCUACGGUGUAUACUGCAGCCCCUGUGCUGUCACUUGUACUGGACAAGGAUGUGGACGAGAAUCUCGCCAAUCUCUACCCUGAGCUGUACAAGGAGCUCACAACUGGACGAUCACUCUCAUACAGGACUUUCUUCGUCUGGGUGUUUGUAUCCAUUUACCAAGGCGGUAUGAUCCAAGGCUUGUCGCAACUCCUUACCGAAGUGGACGGCCCCAGAAUGGUUGCUGUUAGUUAUACCGUUCUUGUCCUCAACGAACUUCUCAUGGUGGCCAUUGAGAUCACCACUUGGCAUCCCAUCAUGAUCGUCAGCAUCAUCGGUACCUUCCUUUUCUAUAUUGGUUCGAUACCUUUCUUGGGCGGGUACUUUGACCUCGGAUUCUUGAUAACAUGGUAA